GGUGGAGCACUUGUUCCAGCAGCACACUCGGUCUCUCUGAUUUGUGUGGUUUGUUUCUCGGAGCAGAAGCUGCGCAUCAGAUGUUGAGAGACACUCGGAGAACCACACCGGAAAAACGCUGCUUUCACACACUUCUCCGAAACAGGAAUAUUCUGUGUCUUAGCAGGUGGAGACAGAAGUGUUUUGACUGAAGGAUGGAGGGCUCUGGUUGGCAAGGUGGAGAAGAGCCUCCUGGAAGCCACGUGUACGAGGUGAUGGUGGUCCCAAACUCCACGUCCCCUCACAGCUUUCCCUUCGCAGACGUAGCCCUGCUGCAGACCUUCAAGCCGCUUAUCAUCCCCUGUUACGUUCUUGUGUUGCUGGUGGGCGUCUUUGGCAACUACCUUCUGAUCUACGUCAUCUGCCGCACGAGGAAGAUGCACAACGUCACCAACUUCUUCAUCGGUAACCUGGCCUUCUCGGACAUGUUGAUGUGCGUGACCUGCGUCCCCUUCACGCUGGCCUACGCCUUCAGCGCUCACGGGUGGACGUUCGGACGCUUCAUGUGUUACCUGGUGUUCUUGAUCCAGCCCGUCACUGUAUACGUGUCCGUUUUCACCCUCACAGCCAUUGCUGUCGACAGGUACUACGCUACAGUUCACCCUUUGAAGAAGCGAAUCUCAAUGGCGGCUUGCGGUUACGUGCUGUCUGGGAUCUGGCUGCUGUCGUGUGUGCUAGUCGCUCCCGCUGUGGCCCACACGUAUCACGUGGAGUUCAGAGAAGAGGGUCUGACCAUCUGUGAGGAGUUCUGGUUGGGCCAGGAGACCCAGCGGUUGGUGUACGCCUACAGCACACUGCUACUGACCUACAUCCUUCCUUUAUCCGCAGUCUGUGUCUCUUACUUCUGCAUCUCCGUCAAACUCCGGAACUGCGUGGCCCCCGGACACCGCACGCGGGACCAGGCCGAGGCCCAGCGGGCACGCAAGCGGAAGAUCUUCAGGCUGGUGUCUCUAGUGGUGGCGGCGUUCGCCGUCUGCUGGCUGCCCAUCUACGUGUUCAACGUGCUGCGCGACAUCGACAUCCGCCUCAUCAACAAGCGCCAUUUCCUGUUGAUCCAGUUGUUGUGUCAUCUGUGCGCCAUGAGCUCGUCCUGCUGCAACCCGUUCCUGUACGCGUGGCUGCACGACCGUUUCCGCGCAGAACUGCGCAAGAUGUUCACCUGCCACCGUCGCAUUGGCAUUCCCGCCAACCACUGCGCGACGGCGAGCGUCGUACUAUGACGUCAAUGUGGGCUUCAGAAAAGAUAAAAACUCAUGAAGUGCAGUUUAAUAAAGGCCAACAAAAUGUAAAUACAAGAAAAGACAUGAUGGAUGGA